GUCUCAAAAUCAUCAAUCCAUCCGUCACCUAGUAACCAGGUUCUGCAAAUUUCGCCACUUGCAGAUGAAAAGUUCUAAACUUUCCCCUGGUUAAAUCCUAACCCCAGUUUUCUUCCUCUCACUUUAAGCACUCCCCAAUUUGACAAUUUUCCCCUCUCUCCUCAAAAGGGGUGUGAGCCACUUUCUCUCUCCUCAAUUGGGGUGUGAAAGUUUCUACCUUUUUUCCUUUCUAUUUUUCCAUUAUCUAUGUUAGUUUUGCAUUGUGUGUUGUUUGGCUUGCAAUCUUGUUGCAUGCUGGUUGUUGGUGUUGGUGUCCCAAUUCACUCUCAAAUUUCAGGGUUCUUAGAACUAGUAGGACCUUGCGACCAUGGCUGCCAAAAAGGCAUGUGAGACAUUCUCAAAGUCCUUGAUUGAGGAAGUGCAUAGAUGGGGUUGCUUGAAGCAGACAGGGGUAAGUCUCAGGUACAUGAUGGAAUUCGGGUCCAAACCCACUGACAAAAAUUUGUUGAUCUCUGCUCAGUUUCUUCACAAGGAACUUGCCAUUAGAAUUGCCAGAAGGGCCAUUGAGCUUGAGAAUCUUCCCUAUGGUUUGUCUCAAAAACCUGCUGUUUUAAAGGUUAGGGAUUGGUAUGUGGAUUCUUUCCGUGAUCUCAGAGCCUUCCCCAACAUCAAGAAUGUGAAUGAUGAACAAGAUUUCACUGAAAUGAUCAAGGCCAUCAAAGUGAGGCACAACAAUGUGGUACCCACAAUGGCCUUGGGUGUUCAGCAAUUGAAGAAACGUAUGGAUCCAAAGAUUGUUUAUGAAGAUCUUGUUGAGAUUCAUCAGUUUCUAGACCGCUUCUACAUGUCAAGGAUUGGAAUCCGUAUGCUUAUCGGGCAGCAUGUUGAGUUGCACAAUCCCAAUCCUCCUCCCCAUGUUGUGGGCUAUAUACAUACAAAAAUGUCUCCUGUGGAGGUAGCAAGGAAUGCCAGUGAGGAUGCACGUGCUAUAUGUUGUCGCGAAUAUGGAAGUGCCCCUGAUGUGCAUAUUUAUGGAGAUCCUGAUUUUACUUUUCCGUAUGUUCCAGCUCACUUGCAUCUUAUGGUAUUUGAGUUGGUUAAGAACUCACUGCGUGCCGUACAAGAGCGUUUUAUGGAUUCUGAUAAAGUUGCACCUCCCAUUAGAAUAAUAGUUGCUGAUGGAAUAGAGGAUGUUACCAUAAAGGUCUCAGAUGAGGGAGGUGGAAUUGCAAGAAGUGGGUUGCCUAAAAUUUUUACAUAUCUAUAUAGUACUGCGAGAAACCCAUUGGAUGAGCAUUCGGAUCUUGGAAUAGGUGAUAAUGUGACAAUGGCUGGAUAUGGAUAUGGUCUUCCUAUUAGUCGUCUAUAUGCUCGGUAUUUUGGAGGUGAUCUUCAAAUAAUCUCUAUGGAAGGAUAUGGCACUGAUGCAUAUCUCCAUUUGUCUCGUUUGGGAGAUUCACAAGAACCUUUGCCCUGAAAGUACUUUUCAGUCAGAGUUACCUUAAGUAACUCACUAACAUUGUGCUAAGGAAAACACUUGUUAGAAUAAAAAAGUACUAUUUGCUGUCAAUUUUUACAUUCUAAUAAUUUGACAGAUUUCCUGUAAAUAUGUGGUACAUAAGAUUGUGCAUGGUGAUGCCCCCCUUCUUUGCCUUCAGAUCCAGCUUUGGGAAUUUGUCCUUUUUAUCUUCUGAAAAAAAAUGAAUAUGCUCUUUUAUCCUAUAGUAUUGAUGCAUAUGGGGGAUUAAAGGUGGAGAUAUUCCACAUGAUUUUAAAAUAAACAAGGUCAUGCUACUGUGACUUAGCAUGUGCCUUUUAUUGA